AUGAGACGUUCUGCUUUUCUAUGGUCUCUAGCGAGCCUGCUUGCCGAAGCAGUACCCCUCAACUCCCCUGCUGUCAAGUUCAUAUCUCCCUCUAAAGUCAGCCCUGGCAGCGCACAAAAUGUUGUCGUUGAAUACGGCGGCGAUGUCGACGGGCACUUGACUCUGAGUUAUGGCGCAUGCGGUGAUGAGGUAGCUGUCUCAGAGACUGUGCAUCAUAUCGGCUCGACGCAUGUUGGCCAGCAUCCCCUGGCGACGCGCCAUCUCGAUCACCAGGACAAGCGGCCAACACGAUUUGUCUGGAUGACAUCGGAGGAUAUCUCUGGUGGUUGUCUUAGCGCCUUCUUGGACGGUGAACUUAUCGGUCAGUCUGAUGAGCUCGAGAUUGUCAAGCGCCUUGCACCUCGAGGUGAAAAGAAGAAGUCUUUUGCAGAUGUUGCUGGUGACGACAGUCUGUGGUUCGAUGGUGUUACAUAUCUCAAACAGAAGCAACCUGAUGAUGUUUUCGUUACCGCUACAAAGAAUAAGACCUUCGGUAUUUUGGGCGGUGGCAUGUCUGGCCUUCUAUCCUCGCUCAUUCUCGACUCUGUUGGCAUCCACAACUGGAAGAUUCUCGAGUCUUCCGAGCGAAUUGGAGGGCGUGUCAGAACUGUUUACCUGAAUGGUACCUCGCCAGAAGACGGUCAAUACCAUGAACUCGGACCCAUGAGAUUUCCAUACGAACUCACCGACUCAGAGACAAACGAGACCUUUCCUUUCGUGGAUCAACGAAUGAUCUUUCAGCUAGCUGACGUUCUCAACGGAAUGAACUCAGGCAACAAAUCACUCCAAGUCGAGUUCUGGGACUGGAUCCAAAGCUCUCCAAAUACACCUGUCGACACGCCUUUCCGACGUCCAGAUGGUACAUGGCCUACCAAGGCUGAGGUAGCGAAUGACCCAGCAUAUUACAGCCCGCCUGUCUAUCAUAAUGAUACAGCGGCUGAGGAAGCCAUCGAGGCUUUGGAUGACUUCAAAGGACUCACUCCCGAGCGCAUCCGUAUGUAUGCAUCCAAUAUCUUCAAGGCGUACAAGCAAGCCAAAGAGGAUGGAGCAUUCGAUUACUCCGAGGUAUCUUACCUUCGAGAUGUGAUCAAGGCAGGCCUCAACACAACUGACGAAGUCUCGCCCUCGCAUAUCUAUUGGCCUAUGUGGGAGUACGAAACCGUUUACUUCCUCGCUAGCGGUCUGAGCCGCUUACCCGCUGCAUUUGAACCCCACGUCAAAGACAGAGUUCAGUACAACGCCAAAGUGAACGGUCUACACUACAACCAGAACAAAACUCUAUCAGUGUUCUGGAAACCUACUGGCUCUGAACCUUUCAGCACGCCGAACAAUGUUGAGAAUUUUGAUUACGUUCUCAACAGUGUACCGCUCAACUUGAUGAAAUUUUGGAAGAUGCCACGAUACUCAAGUCUUCUCAAGCGCGCAAUCGAUAGGACCUUGUAUGCCAACGCUUGCAAGGUCGCUGUUCAGUUCAAGACGCGCUUCUGGGAACAUCUUGACCAGCCUAUCUUUGGCGGCUGCACUCGUCUCACCAGCCCUCAACUAGGCCAGGUCUGUUAUCCCUCAUGGCACAUCAACUCCACAGGCCCUGGAACGAUGCUGGCAUCUUAUCUCUCCGACUACGAGGCAACAGCCGCCUGCGCCAUGUCAGAAGAGGAGCAUCUAGCCUACAUAAAAACCGCCCUUUUAGAAGUUCAUGGCGAUGUAGUCGAAGAGAACUGGACUGAACACUGGGCGCGGCAGUGCUGGGAGCAAGAGGAACACCAUGCUGGUGCCUUUGCGAUGCAGAUCUUUGGACAGCAGCAUUUAUAUCUCCCUGCGUUUUACCAGACGGAGUUCAAUACUGUUUUUAUUGGAGAAGCGGCCACUUUUACGCAUACGUGGAUUUUUAGUGCCCUUGAGAGUGCGGUGAGAGGGAGUGUGCAGUUGUUGUUGGAUUUGGGGCUUGUUGAUGAGGCGAAGCAGGUAACGCAGACAUGGAUGGCUCGUUGGAUAGACGUGUAG